GUCAGUAGAUAAUAGCGUAAUUAUUUUGAUAAACUAAAGUCAUACCAAGUAGACGGAUAGGCGACUCGGUAUUAUCAUUAUUUAUUCACCAUCUACGACAGUGGAUAAAGAGAUCCAUAGAGUCCAGUGUAAAUUCAUACCCCGCUCGGGAACUUUUAUUUCAUUGUCAUCAGAAAUAUAUAUUCUAUAAUAUCAUAAUGCUCCUGCCCUACAGCUUUGGUAUCUUACAGUGUUUAGGUUUAUGGCAGACCUCUGAAUGCAUUUCUGGAUGGAAAAUAUAUCUGUACAUUAUUCACAAAAAUUUAAUGAUCAUAUUCAUUUACUCGUGCGUAUUAUUUGAGUUAAUUGCACUCAUUGCAUCUUUCGAUGAUCUCGACGAAUUUAUAAACAAUUUAAUCGUCUUACUGACUAUGGUUGGAGUUUGUGGAAAAAUUGCCAAUGUAAUUUUAAAACGCAAAGAAAUUUUGCGACUAAUAAAUAUCCUCGAAACUUAUCCAUGUUUGUGUAAAAAUCCUGAGGAAAAAUAUAUUCAAGAUGAAUUUGAUAAAACCAUAAAAUUAAGAACGAUUGCAUAUUUUGGUUUAACAGAAUCGGCCGUGGGCAUGGUAGUCAGCGUGUCAAUACUCUGUGAUACUCCAAAUCGUUCAUUGCCAUUUAAAACAUGGCUACCAUAUGAUUCAAAGACAUUUUUUGGAUACUGGACUGCCUAUAAUCAUCAAAUUCUCGCUCAUGUUUUCGGAGCACUAGUAAAUGUCGCAUAUGAUACUCUAAUUCCAGGUUUAAUGCUUAAAAUUUGUGCUCAAUUGAGUAUUCUUGAGCACCGAUUAAAGUUAAUACCGAAAAAAAUCUAUUCAUCUGAUUUAUUUAUCGAUGUCAAGCGACGAGAAAUAAACGAAAUUUCAAAAUGCGUUAAGCAUCAUCUCAAAAUAUUUCAAUUUGCUGAAAUAACAAACAAAGUCUUCAGUUCUGUGAUUUUUUUACAAUUUUCUAUAAGCGCUAUCGUCAUAUGCGUGACAGUUUACAGAUUAUCCCAAACUGAAAUAAAUAAUCCAGAAUUCGCGCCAAUGGCAUUUUAUUUUACUUGUAUGCUUUCUCAGGUUUUUGUUAUUUGUUUCGCCAGUAGCGAAUGUAAUCUUAAGAGUUAUGACAUAGCUACGGCUGUUUAUCAGACUGAUUGGUAUGUUUUGAGUGUCAGUACCCAAAAAAGUUUAUUAUUCAUAAUGAUGCGCAGUCUUCGGCCAUUGAAAUUCACCGCUGGAUAUUUUAUUGAUGUAUCUCUUAGUUCUUACAAUCAGUUGGUGAAGCUGUCCUACUCAGCUUACAAUGUUCUACAAUGAUAUAUUUUAUUACACUCAUAUAAAUAAAAAUUAUUGAUACUUAUAAUAUCACAUGUUAUACAAAUUAUAAAAAAAGUAGUUAAUGAACGCUGCAGGCCAGCAUAAAAAUUGUUUUUAAUGGUAUUUAAUAACACGCUGACCUCUAAAGUAACUUGAAAAAUUACUGGAAGUCAAAAAAAAUAUAAUUAAGUACGUACAUUAAAUAUAUGAAAUCAAGACUUCCUGACAAAAAUAAUUUUGUAAUUAAAUUUAUAUUUAAAUCUAU